AUGGGCAGCAUCAGUUACGAGAACGAGCCUCAGCUCGACACUUCUACGAACUUCGGGGACUGGAGAGAUCAACUUAUCAAUGACGGUUAUGUUGUGCUGAAGGGUGUUAUCUCGCCAGAGAGAGCAGGAUACUACCUCGAUAGUCUCUUUGACUGGCUUGAGACUUUUCCAUACGGCUUCCGGAAGGACGAUUCCUCAACCUGGGGGCCUCCAAAUCUACCGGCGCACAUCAAGGGCGGAAUGUACCACGCUUACUCGGUAGCGCACGAGAGAUUCUUCUGGGAAGCUCGAAUGGAGCCCACGAUCCUCAAUGCCUACGCCAAGCUCUGGCAAACCGAAGACCUUCUUGUAUCAUUCGAUGGUGCAAACUUGACCCUCCCAACGAAAGACCGAGAGCCCGUCGGUGCAUGGCCGCACGUCGAUCAAAGUCCUCACCGCAAAGGACUGCAGUGCGUCCAAGGGAUACUCAACCUUGCCCCGAACGGUCCCAAGGACGGAGGUCUCAUCGUCUUGAAGGGAUCAAGUGCCCUCAACGAGGCCUUCUUCAAGACUCACGACACGGAGCGAGAGACUUGGGGUCCAGCCGACUGGUUCGGAUUUAAACCAGAAGAAGUUGAGUGGUUCAAGGAGAGAGGCUGCGAGGCCAUCAAGGUCUGCGCUGAGCCGGGCGAUCUCAUCUUGUGGGAUUCUAGAACUGUUCAUUACAACUGCUUGCCAGAGAGUGAUGCGGUUCGCUCUGUAUUGUACAUGUGUUACUCUCCCGCUUCCUACGCGAGUGCAGAAGACCUACAGAUGAAAGCACAAUUGUUCAAAGAUCGAAAGGGCACCACCCAUUGGCCUCACGCCAACAUCUUCCGUAACGAGCGCAAGGUGAUUCGACUUGGGCAGGAAGAAACGUACAAGAGAGACAGACCGGUUCAAGAGCCUGUAGAAACUGAGAAGCUGCUAAAGCUUGCAGGAGUGGUGUCUUAUGGGUCGUGA